AUGGCCGCGCAGGCCGAGGCGCGCACGGGCACGAGCGAGCUCGACGUGAGCCCGGCGAACCGGGAGAUCGGCGACGAGGCCGUCUGGUCGCUGUCGACGGCCAAGCCGGGCAACGGCGUCGAGCAGAUCCGCGCCGCGCCGGGCGGGAAACGACGCGACGAGAACACGGAGACGUACUGGCAGAGCGACGGCGGCCAGCCGCACCUCAUCAACAUCCAGUUCCACAAGAAGAUGUCCAUCUCCGAGAUGGCCUUCUACCUCGACUACGGCCUCGACGAGAGCUACACGCCCAAGAAGAUGUCGAUCCGCGCGGGCACGACGUUCCACGACCUCGUCGAGGUCGAGGUCGUCGACCUCCACGAGCCGACGGGCUGGGUGACCGUGGCCCUGUCGCACGGCGACGGCAAGGCGCUCCGCGCGUUCUUCCUCCAGGUCUGCGUCGUCUCCAUGCACCAGAACGGCCGCGACACGCACGUGCGCCAGGCGAAGAUCUUCGGCCCGCGGACGCCCAUCGACGUCUGCGCGGGGAAGCACGCGGCCCGGUUCACGUCCGUCGCGCUGACGCAGUUCGCCGUCCUCCGCUAA